GGAGAGAGGAGCAGAGGGAGACAGCGGUCAUGACUACUUUUCUGAAAGUGUAAAGGGGAGAAUAUGUAUUUUGCCCCUGAGCAUCUCUGGGGAAGGAGGUGGGGAAUCAAGGAGGUGGAGAACAUGUGAAUCUAGAAAUGGGUAUAUAAAACUUUUUCACUGAACAUACAGCAGAACAGGUCAAUAAGCAGUUAUCUUAUCCAAAGGGUAAGCCAUGAUGAAGAAACAUUAUUACUUGUCCAUCAGAAGGUCUGGUGAGCAUACAUCGGCACAAAAUGAUGGCUUUUGGCAUCUUGUUUGCUAUUAGGCAGCCCUCAUGUCCUGGAAAGUAGGUGACUCAUGUAACUAGUUACUAUUCAUCAGUGACUGUCAAUUCCUUAUUUUAUUGUUCUGCUGGUUUUCCCAUGCCACCAUUUAAAAAUUAAAAAGUUACUUGUAGGUAACUUCAAGGAAGGGAAUGGAGGGCAAGGGGAAGAGGAAGAGGGGACCUGCAUCUGAAUGGAGACAUGCUUUUCCUUAGUAUGAUAUACUGUCUCUGAAAUUUUAGCACUGUCUGAAAUUCUGGUAGGCUCUAUUUGCAAUGAGAAAAUACUGCAGCGUUGCCUUGACUGUGAGGACCAUAAGGACAGCCAUGCUCUGACAGGACACUCCUGAUUUUGUAGACCCUUAUCAUAUAAUAUACCAUCUCAUUUGUAUCUUUCUCAUGAAUAGCUUAAUUAGUCAUAACAGAAGGUGUCCCACAGCUCUGAUCAUUCUUUUUAACCUUCUUUGAACCUUUUCCAACUCUAGCAUGCUCUUGCGUAGAUGUGGGAAAUCAGUACUGUAUACAGUAUUCAAGGUGCAAGUGGAUCAGGGAUUUAUACAGUGAUAAAAUGGUGUUUCUGUUUUAUUUUAUGUUACUUCUCUAAUAACCCCACAUAUUUGAUUUACCUUUUUUUCUGCCAUGGGGCACUGAGCAAAUGUUUACAUAGGAGCAUCCAUCAUAGCCCCAAGAUCUUGUUCCUGAGUGUUAAUGACCAGCUCACUGCCCAUCUGUAGAUAUGAUGCUUCGUCAAAAGAUUCAUAGCUCUGGUCUCCCUGCCAUGUCUGCCAUUGUUAUCUACAAUGACACUGUGCUCUGGACAGGCAACUUCGGAAAGAAGAAUGGUUCGGACCCUUCCUCAGUGGUGCCCAAUGAGUACACUAUUUACAGAAUUGCCAGUGUCUCCAAGAUCUUUCCCACCAUUAUGUUGUACAAGAUGUGGGAAGAAGGAAAAGUCACGUCUCUUGAUGACCCAUUGGAACGUUAUGCCCAGAACUUUGUUAUUAAGAAUCCUCUGGGAAGGCUCAAGGAAUCAGAACAGAGGUACACAGCAGAUGGGCUGAUUUUUUUGGAAAAAGGCUCAAUGCCACUUAAGCCAUCACCUGUUACCUUGCGCAGAAUGGCCAGCCAGCUCUCAGGUCUGCCCAGGAGGCUGCGAUCUACCAGCCUGCUGUGGAAGGGCAAUACUCAAGAUGCUCUAGCUCUCCUGAAAGAUGAUGUCUUGGUUGCUGAUCCUGGAACCAGAUGCCACUACAGCAAUUUGGCCUUCUCACUGAUGGCACAUGUGCUAGCUGACCAUGCAGCUGAGGGGCAAUACCAGCGCUGGAUCUCAGAGAACAUCCUGGACCGCUUGGGCAUGGAGGACACUGGCUUUGACAUCACGCCACCAAUCCGCUCCCAGAUGGCUGUGGGUUUCUAUGGCAGCCGGCAGCCGGCCCCUCUCUAUGACCUCGGCUGGUACAGGCCUUCUGGCCAGAUGUACUCCACAGCUGCCGACCUUGCUAAGCUGGCAAUGGUCUUCUUAGGCACCUACCACCGUCGUCUCCUAGAGCCUGACACAGUGAAGACGAUGCUGACCCCUCUGUUUAAGUGCUCUACUGAAUACUUUGCUAACAAGACUGGCACACCCUGGGAGAUUAAUGAGCAAUUGGGAUAUGAUGUCAUUAGGAAGGAUGGAGACCUCGACGGUUAUUCAGCUACCUUCUCUCUUAUCCCCAAGCUCCGCCUGAGCUUCAUUGUGCUGAUGGCAGGGCCCAGGCCACAGGGUGGAGAUAUUGUGACUCAGAUAUAUGAGUAUCUUAUUCCUGCCAUGGAGACUGCAUUCAGAGAGGCACAGAAAAGCUUGAUUCCUCCUCCAAGUCCAGGCCCUUAUGUUGGCUACUAUACCUAUUCCAACCUGACUUUCUAUGAGAUCAAAGUUGGACCUGGUGGGGUGCUGGUCAUGCAGCAAUUUGGGCCUCAUGUAGAAGAGUUGAUUCCUGAAAAGUACCGGACAAUCAAACUCCACCACCUGGAAGAUCGUGUUUUCCAAGUUGUUUUUGACAAGGAGUUCCCAUGUGUUCUGCACCUGGGUUCUGCCUCCAUCUCACUGGAGACCCAAAAUGGGCAGCUCUUUAACUUUUAUCCAUUUGAUCGCAAGGGUUUGUCUCCUGGCUUUGAUGCACCAGGGCUGAACACAUACAAUGUGGUGCGUGUACUUCGUAAACCUGUAUUCUAUAGCUAAAUGUCCCCUCUACUUUUCUGACCACUUCUGGGAGGUGGCUCCAAAUCGGUGUCUUACCAGACUCUCCUGUCUGCGUGGCUUUAUGGAUGCCAUUUAAAAGGGAAAGAUGGUGGCAAAUGACUCUUUUGCCCAACAAAUAUGUCACGUCCCACUUCUAAAAUGACUUCAAUGGCUUGCGAUCCCUGACAGUGCACAACAGGCCAGCUAGCAACUGGGGAUGCUUGCAGAAGAAAAAGGUGAGAAUGUGCUGGAUAGAUGGUGUUUGGAUGCCAUAAAAAAAAGCUGAGCACUUAAGUCUCCACACUUACAUUCUCUGUUUAAUGACCAUUGUGAUGAUUGACUGGUACCGUCAAAGGGCUGAGAAUUUCCUGUGUCUCUCAGAAAAUAGCUCUUCUUCAGUCCAAGGGUUUUUCCAGGGCUCUUCAGAAGCCCAUCUGCCUUGAACAAGAUUCCUCACCUCCGUUUGCCAAAAGCAUUAUGUGCUAGAAAAUGGCACCAGCCUGAUACCGGGCCCUGCUUGUGAUACCUGGGAAGUGAGGGUGCAUUUCUUUCCUGGGUCACAACAAGGAAAUUGUGGAAAGAGCAGACAGCAAUGUGGUUAUGUCUUGGCCCCAUGGAUUUCUGCAAAAGAGGUGGUCACACAAAGGAUAUUGUAGCACUUAAGUAUAGAAGCUGAAGCUUACUCCUGUGAGCAGGGCCAUAUGGACAUAUGCUGGUAUACUCCGAUUGUACUCAGGUUUGUGACUAUCUCAGUAUAUAGGCAAGUGUGUGAGUGUGGCAUUUAAGUACACAAAUGCACGGGAAUCUUUACGUGUGUUUUGGGCAGAGUGUCUGUAUGGGUACAUACCCAUUGUGUUUAUGCAAGUAUGAGGGAGGAUGCUAAGGGAAAGUGCAUUAGCCUGGGGAGCACUACCUUUAGGACAGAUGCACCUGCAAGCAAUCUGCAAAGCCACAGAUGCAUUUUCUUCUCCCGUCUUGUGCCCACUCAGUGCUAAGUCAGGCAGGACAGAUGAUACGUCAUUAAUGGCCAAAACCAUAUCACUAUGACAGGAACAGUAUCAGGCAUGAGUGAAAGACAGGGCAAGUACCAAUGACUGAGGAGUCUUGGUUCCUGCAAUGGCCCUUCAAGUUUAGGAGAGUAUUGUGAUUGCAGCCCUAACUGGAGCCUGAAAUAAAAGCAAGCAGAGGGUCCGGGCAAGAUAACUCUUACCUUAAAGUGAAUAGCCUAGCUGCAGAGUAUGGCAAUGGCUGUACAGCAUGGAAAUCCUGAAGGAAGUGCAAAAGGGUAGCCAUACUAGCACAAUCAAAGACCCUUCAAAGUGCAUGUUGUCCCAUACCAUAACUAGCAUGAGGUUGGAUCCUCUUGCAGAGUCACCUCCUUCUGCUGCUUGUCCACACAGAGUCUUGAAAGUGGACAUGUCUCAGAGAGGAUGAGAAAAUAAAUCUCCCUGCCUCCCUUCUCUCUUGUCUCUCACUGUUUUCACUCUGUGUGCAGUUCUUCAGUUCUGAGUAGAGAGACCAUCACUGAAGGCCUAGAAAUCUAUGAUCUGCAAACUCAGUUCCCUGCCUUUUUUCAGACAAUUUCAGUUCCCUGAUAAACAUAUGAAAUAAAGUAAACCUUGCCUUACAG